CGACGUUGUCUGGCCCGGUAAGUGUUUACAUAAAGAGCAGUAAGGGAGAGAGACUGAGAGAGAGAGGAAGUAAAGAAGGAAAACGUCGAUUUCGGAUAUUUACUGAAUGUGAGACCAGUCGUAGAGGGGGGAAGAAUAGCAAAGAAGAAUUAUUCUCCAAAGCCUGUUGUUGACGUCCCAUAAGCUUUGAAGAGACUGCAGUCCUUAUGAGCAAGCGAUUGGGAUAUCUAAUAGUGUUAUAAUAAUGACCUUGUGUUCGUAUAUCGUUAUAUUUGUAUUUCACCACCUUUCGCCUACUGCAAUGGCUGACAAGUUUUUCCAAGACGAUGCAUCAAUCUCUCAACUGGCUAAUGCCAACACCCAGUUUACUCUAGACUUGUACAAGAAGGUUGCCAACUCCGCUGACAACAUCUUCCUGUCACCUAUCAGCAUCUCGGCUGCCCUGGCUAUGACUCGACUCGGGGCCAGAGGGAACACAGAGUCUGAGAUGGACCAGGUGAUGAAGUGGACAACGUUUGGUGACAAGGUCCACGAUGCUUUUGAGGACUACCUCAAAGUCCUCAAUGCAGCUGAAUCCAGCUACACUCUAACCAUCGCCAACAGAAUAUUUGUCUACAACAAACUGAAACUUUUGGAUGAAUUUGUUAGGAAAACAGGUAAACAUUACAAGUCUCAUACUGUUCUUGCUGAUUUUGCUGGAAAUCCAGAUGGAGAGAAGAAAGUCAUUAAUGAAUGGGUGGAAAAACAGACCAACGGCAAAAUAAGGGACAUAAUUCCAGGUAGCAUCGACCCUUUGACAAGACUGAUUUUGGUAAACGCAAUCUAUUUCAAGGGGAAAUGGGAACAGAAGUUUGACCCUGUCGAUACGGUUAGAGAGAGCUUCAAAACGUCUUCUGGCGCUGAUGUCAUUGUUGACAUGAUGAAGAUGGUAAAGAAGUUUAGAAUUGGUCGCAGUGAAAAACUCCAGUGCCAAGUGCUUGAGCUGCCUUAUGUCCAGAAGGACAUCAGCAUGUUCAUACUCCUGCCGUUCGAACGUGAUGCCGUGUCACGCCUGGAGCACAACCUUAACAACGAGAACCUCAAGGCAGCUUUGUCGGAAAUAUGGAAAGAAACUGUGGACAUUACACUACCCAAAUUCGUCCUUGAAUCGAAUUUUGCAUUGGAGAAAAUUCUGCCUUCUAUGGGAAUGGUCGAUGCGUUUGAUAGGAGCAGAGCUAACUUUUCUGGAAUGGCUGGGUCCACGGAUCUCUAUAUUUCACACAUCACACACAAGGCGUUCUUAGACGUGAAUGAAGAGGGCAGUGAAGCAGCCGCAGCUACUGGUGUUCGAAUCCAGACGCGAUCUUUACCCAUCAUCCACCCCUUUAUCGCUGACCACCCGUUCGUGUUCCUCGUCCGCGAUAACAGAGCUGACAUCAUUCUCUUCGUGGGCAAGCUGGGACAUCCACCAGCAGUUCCCGUGGGUCUGAAACAGGAACUCUAGUUUAAUAUUAAACAUAAAAGGAUGCGUCCGAGUCUGAAACUCACAGGGCAAAAAUAUUUCUUUGCAUGAUAAGAUACAGAUAAUUUUAAGGGUGUUUCGUCAACAGGAUCUGUAGUUAAUGCAUUUACAUGGGCGCGUUUGAGUCUAAAAAUUACAGGACAAAGAUAUUUCUUUGAAUGAAAAGAUACAAAUAAUUUUUAGAGUAUUUUUUUUUUUAACAUGAUCUAUAGUUAAUGGCGCAUUUAAGUCUGAAAUUCACGGAACAAAGAUAUUUCUUUCAAUAAUAGGACGUAGAAGAGUGUUUUUAAUGGGAACUCUGGGUAAUGAACUUACAUAGGUGCGUCUCAGACUGAGUCUGAAAUUCACAGGACAAAGAUAUUUCUUUGCAUGAUAAGAUACAGAUAAUUUUAAGGGUGUUUUAACGGGAUCUGUAGUUAAUGUAUUUACAAGGGCGCGUUUGAGUCUGAAAUUCACAGGACAGAGAUAUUUAUUUACGUGAUAAGAUAUAGAUCAAAGAAUGUUUUGACAAUUUAACUUACAAAUGCGCGUCUGAGACUGAGUCUGAAAUUCACAGGACAAAGCUAUUUGUUUACGUGAUAAGAUCUAGAUCAAAGAAUGUUUUGACUAUUUAACUUACAAAGGCGCGUCUGAGACUGAGUAAAAUUCACAGCACAAAGAUAUUUAUUUACAUAGUAAGAUCUAGCUCAUUUAAAAAGUGUUUUUAACAGAAAGUAUAGUUCUGAGAAUGAGUCUACAAUUCACGGAUCAAGUUUUAUGUUGCCAAUAAUGAUAACCAUGCA